ACUCGUUGGUAGCUUCACAGUACCCCCACCUCACCUCACCAGUCGCCCUAACCUCACCUCACCUUAAUUUUAAAGAACUAGUCUCUCAUUCUUAAAAUUCACUCCAACCCAAACUAUCAUAUUUCAUCCAAUAUCAUCAAUUCUCUCAUUUUAGAAAUUCUAUUCUGAUUCAAUUGUUUUAUAUAACGACUGAUUUUUUCAACUUUCUACCUUUUUCCGCUUUUUGUACCUCUUAUAGCUGUAAGUGGAAAUGCUGAUUUUCUUCUAUGGGUCUGUUUCUUGAUCGAAAAAACGUUGGACUUUUGAUGGAAAAUUUAGGGUUCAGUGAAAUUAUUGAUGGAGAUUGUUUUGCUAUUGGCGUUCUUCCUAUUUAUUAAUGCACAGUCCAUAGAUUACCAUCUACAACAGCAAGGGCAAGAAAGGGAAGUUCGAAGUAUUAACUCACAUUCUUGUAUACAUGAUCAAAUUAUUGCUGAGCGCAAGCGACCUGGUCGUCAGCUUUAUUCUGUUACCCCUCAAGUAUAUGUAGAGUCUGGGCUCACAGAGUCUCUCAACCACAAGGGUCGUUCCUUGCUUGGUGUCUCAGAAUCUGAAGACGGAAAGAGUCCAAUUAGAAUAUAUUUAAAUUAUGAUGCAGUGGGGCAUUCAUCUGAUAGAGACUGCAGAAAUGUUGGGGACAUUGUAAAGCUUGGGGAACCUCCUAUUACAUCUGUUCCGGGGACACCACCAUGUAAUUCUCAUAUCAAUCCCCCAGUUUCAGGAGACUGCUGGUAUAAUUGUACAUUGGAUGAUAUAUCUGGGGAGGAUAAAAAGCAUCGCCUGCAUAAGGCUCUGGGGCAGACAGCAGACUGGUUCCAGAGAGCCUUAUCUGUUGAGCCGGUUAGAGGGAAAUUGCGGUUGAGUGGAUACUCUGCAUGUGGACAAGAUGGAGGUGUACAGCUACCAAGGGAAUAUGUAGAAGAGGGUAUUGCUGAUGCGGAUCUAGUUCUCUUGGUAACUACAAGACCAACAACUGGCAAUACAUUAGCAUGGGCAGUGGCAUGUGAGCGGGAUCAGUGGGGCCGUGCCAUUGCAGGCCAUGUAAAUGUUGCUCCCCGCCAUUUGACUGCAGAAGCUGAAACGCUGCUUUCCGCAACUCUCAUACAUGAGGUUAUGCAUGUUCUUGGUUUCGAUCCGCAUGCGUUUGCACAUUUCCGUGAUGAACGCAAACGAAGACGAGCUCAGGUUAUAAAACAAACCAUGGAUGAAAGGCUUGGGCGGAUGGUAACACUUGUGGUGCUACCUCGAGUCAUCAUGCAUGCUCGGUAUCAUUAUGGGGCAUUUUCUGAGAAAUUUACUGGUUUAGAGCUGGAAGAUGGUGGUGGGCGAGGCACAUCAGGCUCGCAUUGGGAGAAGAGGCUUUUGAUGAAUGAGAUUAUGACGGGGUCUGUGGACACAAGGUCAGUUGUUUCGACAAUGACUCUGGCUAUAUUGGAGGAUAGUGGAUGGUACAAGGCCAACUAUAGCAUGGCAGACCACCUUGACUGGGGACGCAACCAAGGGACUGAAUUUGUUAUCUCACCGUGCAAUCAAUGGAAGGGUGCUUAUCAUUGCAACAACACCCAAUUGUCAGGCUGUACAUAUAACAGAGAGGCAGAAGGGUACUGCCCUAUUGUAAGCUAUACAAGCGACCUUCCUCAGUGGGCCCAAUACUUCCCCCAGGCUAAUAGAGGUGGGCAGUCCUCAUUGGCCGAUUAUUGCACCUACUUUGUAGCUUAUUCUGAUGGGUCAUGUACAGACACCAAUAGCGCAAGAGCACCUGACCGCAUGUUGGGAGAAGUGCGAGGAAGCAAUUCCAGGUGCAUGGCCUCAUCACUGGUUCGUACUGGCUUUGUACGUGGUUCUUCUACUCAAGGAAAUGGAUGCUACCAACAUCGAUGUAUGAACACGACAUUGGAGGUUGCCGUGGAUGGCAUAUGGAAAUCCUGUCCUGUAGCUGGUGGCCACAUUCAGUUCCCAGGGUUUAACGGUGAACUGGUUUGCCCUGCUUACCAUGAACUUUGCACCACGUCCUCACUUCCAAUAUCAGGUCAAUGUCCUAAUUCGUGCAACUUUAAUGGAGAUUGUGUGAAUGGAAGGUGUCAUUGCUUUAUGGGGUUCCAUGGCCAUCACUGUAAUAAACGCCUCUGUCCUACUAACUGUAGCAAACAUGGCACAUGCCUUGACAAUGGGAUCUGUGAAUGUCAGAACGGAUACACAGGCAUUGACUGCUCCACAGCUGUCUGUGAUGAGCAAUGCAGCCUUCAUGGAGGUGUUUGUGACAAUGGAAUUUGUGAGUUCCGUUGUUCGGAUUAUGCUGGCUAUACAUGCCAAAACAGUUCAUUGUUGAUUUCAACUCUCUCAGUCUGCCAAAAUGUCCUUCAAGAUGAUUUCUCAGGGCAACACUGUGCUCCCAGUGAACCAAGUAUAUUGCAGCAACUUGAGGAGGUGGUUGUCAUGCCGAACUAUCACCGCCUCUUCCCAGGUGGUGCACGGAAAUUAUUCAACAUUUUUGGAAGCAGUUAUUGUGGUGAAGCUGCUAAACGGCUAGCAUGCUGGAUCUCAAUUCAAAAGUGCGACAUGGAUGGUGACAACAGGCUUAGAGUCUGCCACUCAGCAUGCCAGUCGUAUAACCUAGCGUGUGGAGCUUCUCUGGACUGUUCAGAUCAAACACUUUUCAGCAACGAGGAGGAAAGUGAGGAUCAAUGUACCGGUGCCAGUGAAAUAAGGUUAUCAUGGCUUGGUCGCUUUAGAGGCGGCAUCCACCAUAUCGAUAAUUCCAUGAAAGAAGCAUCGGUAAAAUAUAGGCAGAAGCUGUAAUUUACCUCCUGCUUUCUCAGUGUAAUUUUUCUAGGCUGUUUAUUGUAGAAGAUAGGCAGGGCACAAUCUGCCGUGCAUUAGGUGUAGGAUUUAGCUUUCUACCCAAUCUUAAUGUCUUUUAGGAAGGGGACUGGGUAGGAAAUUAAUCUAGUUUUGACUUUCAGAAUGGAAGUCUCAAUUGUAGAGAUAAAUUUGUACGAGGCAAAAAAGAAAGAAAACAAAGGGUAAGCCCAAAAAAGAAAAAGAAAACAAAGGACAAAAAAGAGAAACGGGAUUGCUUUUGUCAAUGAUGAAUCUCAAAGAGAUGGCCGAAGGCUGUUCAUGAGAAUGAAAAUAUUUGAUUUGUAUCUCAGUUGAGUUAUUUUUCUUCGCCACCUUAGAUGAUGUGCUUUUCAACUGUAUUUAGUGUUAAGGUAGUGUAGAGCUAACUUGCUGGUUGUGGCAUGUACAGCCGCACAGGUUCUUAUUAUUUGCUACAGUGAAAAUAUUCCACAUAUUAACGAUACUUCA